AUGGCCGAAAACUUGCUGGACGGACCGCCCAACCCCAAGCGAGCCAAACUCAGCUCGCCCGGCUUCCCGGCGAAUGACAGCACAGAUUUUGGACCAUUGUUUGACUUGGAAAAUGAUCUUCCUGAUGAGCUGAUCCCCAAUGGAGAAUUAGGCCUUUUAAACAGUGGGAACCUUGUUCCAGAUGCUGCUUCCAAACAUAAACAACUGUCGGAGCUUCUGCGCGGAGGCAGCGGCUCUAGUAUCAACCCAGGAAUAGGAAAUGUGAGCGCCAGCAGCCCUGUGCAGCAAGGCCUUGGUGGCCAGGCUCAAGGACAGCCGAACAAUGCGAACAUGGCCAGUCUGGGUACUAUGGGCAAGAGCCCUCUGAACCAGGGAGAUUCUUCAGCCCCCAGCCUGCCCAAGCAGGCAGCCAGCACCUCUGGGCCCACUCCCCCUGCUUCCCAACCACUGAAUCCGCAAGCACAAAAACAAGUGGGACUGGUAACUAGCAGCCCUGCCACGUCGCAGACGGGACCUGGGAUCUGCAUGAAUGCUAACUUUAACCAGACCCACCCAGGCCUCCUCAAUAGUAACUCUGGCCAUAGUUUAUUGAACCAGGCCCAGCAGGGGCAGGCGCAAGUCAUGAAUGGAUCUCUGGGGACUGCUGGCAGAGGAAGGGGAGCUGGAAUACCGUACCCUGCUCCAGCCAUGCAGGGGCCCACAAGUAGCGUGCUGGCUGAGACGUUAACACAAGUUUCGCCACAAAUUCCCAGUCAUGCGGGACUGAACACAGCACAGGCAGGAGGCAUGAGCAAGAUGGGAAUGACUGGUAAUACAAGUCCAUUUGGACAACCUUUUAAUCAAACUGGAGGGCAGCCAAUGGGAGCCCCUGGAGUGAACCCCCAGUUAUCUACCAAGCAGAAUGUGGUCACCAGUUUGCCUCCCUUCCCUGCAGACAUCAAGAAUGCUUCAGUCACCAACGUGCCAAACAUGUCUCAGAUGCAAACAUCAGUGGGAAUUGUACCCACACAAGCAAUUGCAACGGGCCCCACUGCAGAUCCUGAAAAACGCAAACUGAUACAGCAGCAGCUGGUUCUACUGCUUCACGCUCAUAAAUGUCAGAGACGAGAACAAGCAAACGGAGAGGUUCGGGCCUGUUCUCUCCCACAUUGUCGAACCAUGAAAAAUGUUUUGAAUCACAUGACACACUGUCAGGCUGGGAAAGCUUGUCAAGUUGCCCAUUGUGCAUCUUCACGACAAAUCAUCUCUCAUUGGAAGAACUGCACACGACAUGACUGUCCUGUUUGCCUCCCUUUGAAAAAUGCCAGUGACAAGCGAAACCAACAAACCAUCCUGGGGUCUCCAGCUAGUGGAAUUCAGAACACAAUUGGUUCUGUUGGUACAGGCCAGCAGAAUGCUACUUCUUUAAGUAACCCAAAUCCUAUAGACCCCAGCUCCAUGCAACGAGCAUAUGCUGCUCUUGGACUUCCCUACCUAAACCAGCCCCAGACGCAGCUGCAGCCUCAGGUUUCUGGCCAGCAACCAGCACAGCCUCAAACUCACCAGCAGAUGAGGACUCUCAACCCCUUGGGAAAUAACCCAAUGAACAUUCCAGCAGGAGGAAUAACAACAGAUCAGCAGCCACCAAACUUGAUUUCAGAAUCAGCUCUUCCAACUUCCCUUGGGGCCACAAACCCACUGAUGAAUGAUGGUUCAAACUCUGGAAACAUUGGAACCCUCAGCACUAUACCAACAGCAGCACCCACUUCCAGCACUGGUGUUCGGAAAAGCUGGCAUGAGCAUGUCACCCAGGACCUGCGGAGCCAUCUAGUGCAUAAACUAGUCCAAGCCAUCUUCCCAACACCUGAUCCUGCAGCCCUGAAGGAUCGCCGCAUGGAGAACCUCGUAGCCUACGCUAAGAAAGUGGAAGGGGACAUGUAUGAGUCUGCCAACAGCCGGGAUGAAUACUAUCACUUAUUAGCAGAGAAAAUCUACAAGAUACAAAAAGAACUAGAAGAAAAACGGAGGUCGCGUUUACACAAACAAGGCAUCUUGGGUAACCAGCCAGCCUUACCAGCCCCUGGGGCUCAGCCCCCUGGGAUACCACAGUCACAACCUGUGAGACCUCCAAAUGGGCCCAUUCCCCUGCCAGUGAAUCGCAUGCAGGUUUCUCAAGGGAUGAAUUCAUUUAAUCCGAUGUCUUUGGGGAAUGUACAGUUGCCACAAGCUCCCAUGGGACCGCGCGCAGCAUCCCCCAUGAACCACUCUGUCCCAAUGAACAGCAUGGGCUCUGUUCCAGGGAUGGCCAUUUCUCCUUCCCGAAUGCCUCAGCCUCCAAACAUGAUGGGAGCGCAUGCCAACAACAUGAUGGCCCAAGCGCCCACACAGAACCAGUUCCUGCCUCAGAACCAGUUCCCUUCAUCCAGUGGGGCAAUGAGUGUGAACAAUGUAGGCAUGGGGCAGCCAGCGGCCCAGACAGGCGUGUCACAGGGACAGGUGCCUGGUGCUGCUCUUCCUAACCCUCUGAACAUGCUUGGGUCCCAGCUGCCUUGUCCACCAGUGACACAAUCACCAUUGCACCAGACGCCACCUCCUGCUUCCACAGCUGCUGGCAUGCCGUCUCUACAGCACCCAACAGCACCUGUGAUGACUCCUCCCCAGCCAGCAGCUCCCACCCAGCCAUCGACUCCUGUGUCGUCUUCCGGGCAGACUCCUACCCCAACUCCUGGCUCAGUGCCCAGUGCUAGUCAAGCCCAGAGCACUCCUACAGUCCAGACAGCAGCCCAGGUGACCCCGCAGCCUCAGACCCCAGUUCAGCCCCCAUCUGUGACCACCCCUCAGUCAUCACAGCAGCAGCCAACGCCUGUGCAUACCCAGCCUCCUGGCACGCCGCUUUCCCAGGCAGCAGCCAGCAUUGAGAACAGGGUGCCCACUCCAUCAUCAGUGGCCAGCGCUGAAACCAACUCCCAGCAGCCAGGACCAGAAAUACCAAUGCUGGAAAUAAAGCCUGAGGUCAAGACCGAGGACACCGAGCCAGAUGCCAGUGAAUCCAAGGGGGAGCCUGCCUCUGCGAUGAUGGAGGAAGAUCUACAAGGAUCUUCUCAAGUUAAAGAAGAAUCAGACACAACAGAGCAGAAAUCAGAACCAAUGGAAGUGGAUGAAAAGAAGCCAGAAGUAAAAGUAGAAGCUAAAGAGGAAGAAGAGAGCACCGCUAAUGGUGCCACUUCCCAGUCAGCAUCUCCUUCACAGCCACGGAAAAAAAUCUUUAAACCGGAGGAAUUGCGCCAGGCUCUUAUGCCAACCCUAGAAGCGCUAUAUCGACAGGAUCCAGAGUCCUUACCUUUUCGCCAGCCUGUGGAUCCCCAGCUCCUAGGAAUUCCUGAUUAUUUUGACAUUGUGAAGAACCCCAUGGACCUUUCCACCAUCAAGCGAAAGUUAGACACAGGGCAGUACCAAGAACCCUGGCAGUACGUGGAUGAUGUCUGGCUGAUGUUCAACAAUGCCUGGCUCUAUAACCGCAAGACGUCUCGGGUCUAUAAGUUUUGCAGUAAAUUGGCAGAGGUCUUUGAACAAGAAAUUGACCCUGUUAUGCAGUCCCUUGGAUAUUGUUGUGGACGCAAGUAUGAGUUUUCCCCACAGACUUUGUGCUGCUACGGAAAACAACUGUGUACAAUUCCUCGAGAUGCAGCCUACUACAGCUAUCAGAAUAGGUAUCAUUUUUGUGAGAAGUGUUUCACAGAGAUCCAGGGGGAGAAUGUUACCCUUGGUGACGACCCUUCACAACCCCAGACGACAAUUUCAAAGGAUCAAUUUGAAAAGAAGAAAAAUGAUACCUUAGAUCCUGAACCUUUUGUUGAUUGCAAGGAGUGUGGCCGGAAAAUGCAUCAGAUUUGUGUUUUACACUAUGAUAUCAUUUGGCCGUCAGGCUUUGUAUGUGACAACUGCUUGAAGAAAACUGGCAGAACUCGAAAAGAAAACAAAUUCAGUGCUAAGAGAUUGCAGACCACACGAUUGGGAAACCACUUGGAAGACCGAGUCAACAAGUUUUUGCGGCGACAGAAUCAUCCUGAAGCUGGGGAGGUCUUUGUUCGAGUGGUGGCCAGCUCAGAUAAGACUGUGGAGGUCAAGCCUGGGAUGAAGUCACGGUUUGUGGAUUCUGGGGAAAUGUCUGAAUCUUUCCCGUAUCGAACCAAAGCUCUCUUUGCUUUUGAGGAAAUUGAUGGAGUGGAUGUAUGCUUCUUUGGAAUGCAUGUCCAAGAAUAUGGCUCUGAUUGCCCCCCUCCUAACACAAGACGUGUGUACAUAUCUUAUCUGGACAGUAUUCAUUUCUUCCGGCCCCGAUGCCUGCGGACAGCUGUUUACCAUGAGAUCCUUAUUGGAUAUUUAGAAUAUGUGAAGAAAUUGGGGUAUGUGACAGGACACAUCUGGGCCUGUCCUCCAAGUGAAGGAGAUGACUACAUCUUCCAUUGCCACCCCCCUGAUCAAAAAAUCCCCAAACCGAAGCGCCUGCAGGAAUGGUACAAGAAGAUGCUGGACAAGGCUUUUGCAGAGCGGAUCAUCCAUGACUACAAGGACAUUUUCAAACAAGCAACUGAAGACAGGCUCACCAGUGCCAAGGAAUUGCCCUAUUUUGAGGGUGACUUCUGGCCCAAUGUGUUGGAGGAGAGCAUUAAGGAACUGGAACAAGAAGAAGAAGAGAGGAAGAAGGAAGAGAGCACUGCAGCCAGUGAGACUACAGAGGGCAGCCAGGGUGACAGCAAGAAUGCCAAGAAAAAGAACAACAAGAAAACCAACAAAAAUAAAAGCAGUAUCAGCCGAGCCAACAAGAAGAAACCCAGUAUGCCCAAUGUGUCCAACGACUUGUCCCAGAAGCUCUAUGCUACCAUGGAGAAACACAAAGAGGUUUUCUUUGUGAUCCACCUCCAUGCUGGGCCUGUCAUCAAUACGCUGCCCCCUAUUGUUGACCCUGACCCCCUGCUCAGCUGCGACCUCAUGGAUGGGCGCGAUGCCUUCCUCACCCUCGCCAGGGACAAGCAUUGGGAAUUCUCCUCUCUGAGGCGGUCCAAGUGGUCCACGCUGUGCAUGCUGGUGGAGUUGCACACGCAGGGCCAGGACCGCUUUGUCUACACCUGCAAUGAGUGCAAGCACCAUGUGGAGACACGCUGGCAUUGUACUGUGUGCGAGGACUAUGACCUUUGCAUCAACUGCUACAACACAAAGAGCCACACCCACAAGAUGGUGAAGUGGGGCCUGGGCCUGGACGACGAGGGCGGCAGCCAGGGUGAGCCGCAGUCUAAGAGCCCCCAGGAGUCACGGCGCCUGAGCAUCCAGCGCUGCAUCCAGUCCCUGGUGCACGCCUGCCAGUGCCGCAACGCCAACUGCUCGCUGCCAUCCUGCCAGAAGAUGAAGCGGGUUGUGCAGCACACCAAGGGCUGCAAACGCAAGACCAAUGGAGGCUGCCCAGUAUGCAAGCAGCUCAUCGCCCUUUGCUGCUACCACGCCAAACACUGCCAGGAAAACAAAUGCCCCGUGCCCUUCUGCCUCAACAUCAAACACAAGCUCCGCCAGCAGCAGCUCCAGCACCGCCUGCAGCAGGCGCAGCUCAUGCGCCGGCGAAUGGCCACCAUGAACACCCGCAACGUGCCUCAGCAAAGCCUGCCUUCCCCUACCUCAGCACCACCCGGGACCCCUACACAGCAACCCAGCACACCCCAGACACCACAGCCCCCGACCCAGCCCCAGCCCUCGCCUGUGAGCAUGUCACCAGCCGGUUUCUCCAGCGUGGUCCGAACUCAGCCCCCCACCACAGUGUCCACUGGGAAGCCCACCAACCAGGUGCCAGCCCCACCACCCCCCGCCCAGCCCCCACCUGCAGCGGUGGAAGCAGCCCGGCAGAUUGAACGCGAGGCGCAGCAGCAGCAGCAUCUAUAUCGGGUGAACAUCAACAACGGCAUGCCCCCAGGGCGCACAGGCAUGGUGACUCCUGUGAACCAGAUGGCCCCCGUGGGCCUGAAUGUGCCCCGGCCCAACCAGGUCAGUGGGCCUGUCAUGCCCAACCUGCCCCCUGGGCAGUGGCAGCCAGCACCCAUCCCCCAACAACAAUCGAUGCCGGGCAUGCCCAGACCCGUGAUGUCUAUGCAGGCCCAACCAGCAGUAGCCGGACCACGGAUGCCUAAUGUUCAACCGCCUCGAAGCAUCUCGCCCGGCGCCCUGCAGGACCUGCUGCGGACCCUGAAGUCUCCUAGCUCCCCGCAACAGCAGCAGCAGGUGCUCAACAUCCUCAAGUCAAACCCUCAGCUGAUGGCAGCUUUCAUCAAACAGCGCACAGCCAAGUACGUGGCCAGUCAGCCCGGUCUGCAGCCCCAGCCCAGCCUCCAGGCUCAACCUGGCCUGCAGCCCCAGCCUGGCCUGCACCAGCAGCCCAGCCUGCAGAACCUGAAUGCCAUGCAAGCCAGCGGCCCGCGGCCCGGUGUGCCUCCGCAGCAGCAAGCAAUGGGAGGCCUGAACCCCCAGGGUCAGGCCCUGAACAUCAUGAACCCGGGACACAGCCCCAGCAUGGCGAGUAUGAGCCCACAGUACAGAGAGAUGCUGCGGAGGCAGCUGUUGCAGCAGCAGCAGCAGCAGCAGCAGCAGCAGAGCAGUGCUGGCAUGGCUGCAGGCAUGGCAGGACACGGCCAGUUCCAGCAGCCUCAAGGACCUGGAGGCUAUCCCCCGGCCAUGCAGCAGCAGCGGAUGCAGCAGCACCUGCCCAUGCAGGGCAACUCCAUGGGCCAGAUGGCAGCUCAGAUGGGACAGCUCGGCCAGAUGGGGCAGCCUGGGCUGGGCGCAGACAACACCCCCAACAUCCAGCAAGCUCUGCAGCAACGGAUUCUGCAGCAGCAACAGAUGAAGCAGCAGAUUGGGUCUCCAGGCCAGCCAAACCCCAUGAGCCCCCAGCAGCACAUGCUCUCAGGACAGCCACAGGCCUCGCACCUCCCUGGCCAGCAGAUGGCCACAUCCCUUAGUAGCCAGGUGCGAUCUCCGGCCCCUGUCCAGUCUCCACGGCCCCAGUCCCAGCCUCCACAUUCCAGCCCAUCACCACGGAUACAGCCCCAGCCUUCACCACACCACGUCUCACCCCAGACUGGUUCUCCCCACCCAGGACUCGCAGUCACCAUGGCCAGCUCCAUAGAUCAGGGACACUUGGGGAACCCCGAACAGAGUGCAAUGCUACCACAGCUGAAUACCCCCAACAGGAGUGCGUUGUCCAAUGAGUUGUCCCUGGUUGGCGACACCACAGGAGACACCCUAGAAAAGUUUGUGGAGGGUUUGUAG